UGCAGAAGUUUAACUUCUUUGUGUUCUCACUCUGUUUUGCUAUGCUGUAUGUUUCUGAAUCUGUUUGAGAUUGUGCAAAGCUGAUGCGUUGGAAUGUAUGAUGACGGCAGUGAGUUACAUGGCAGGGUUAAUGAUGCUUCCGGGUUUAACACUGCCCAGGCACUUAAUCAUAAUGGUGCCUUUCAGUACAGUCUGUUAUUUCCUGUUGAUACUGACAGCAGCAAAGGAGGGUCUUGUCAUAAAGCAGAAAUACAGGUUCCCACUACAAUCUUACCUAGAAUAGGAAUUUCCAUCUUGUACAAAUCAAGACUGACAGUGAGAAGUGUGAUAUAUAACGCUGGUGGUGUGUGCUUAUAUCAGAUGAGAUCUUUCGAGAGUUUAAGAGGAUUGUGCUCCUCCUUGUGAGAAUCUUAAAGUAUUCUGCAGUAUGGUGGAAGCAGUACUGGUAGAUCUGUUCAGCCUACCAGCCAACUUGCAGAACAACAUCCAAGAACUGCUAUGUAACACAGUGGAAACUAUUGAGAAAUGUUCUUCCAUCCCUGCUCCAUUUGUUUAUGUCAUGUGUUGCCAGAGUCAAGGAAGUGAAUGGAAUGGUGCAAAAGAGUCCUUGCUUCCAGCUCUGAGUGGUUUUCAGAGUCUGAAGAAAAGACUGGAGAUGGUACAUGCCCCGAAUACAGCUGCUGCUUUGUACACCAUCAAACAAAGCCUGGAUGAAAAAAACCUAAGCAUUAUUAAAGUUAUUCUACCUACCUUAAGAAAAGACUUAAUGAGAAUAUAUAUAGAUCAUCUUUUUACAGCAGUCUACCAGUUUGAAUUUGAGGAUUUACAGAUCGCGUAUGAUUGUGAAAACCUGAAGAUGGCUAAAACUCAGAGUGAAAGUCAAACACUUCCUAUACAGGACAUGGCACUCAUCCAAAGCGAGAUUCAGAUGUACUUGGAAAGCCUGCCGAGCCUCAAAGGGGAGCUUACCAUUCUCAGAUCUUCUCUCAUCCCAGAUGAUAUCUUCCUACAUGGAUUUACCACAAGGGCAGGUGGGAUCUCCUACAUACCAACUCUAAGCUCCUGCAAUCUCUUCAGCAGUUCCAAGCGGAGGGACCCACAAGUUGUUGUUAAAGAAAAUCUUCGCCGGCUAGCUAAUGCUGCAGGAUUUAACCCAGAGACUUUUCACAGAGUCAAGGUUGAUCAUGCUAAUGCUGUGUGCGUUAUGGGAAAGACCGAACCUGACAGCUAUGAUGGAAUAGUUACGAAUCAGAAAGGUGUUACAAUAGCAGCUCCAGGUGCUGAUUGCAUACCUGUGCUCUUCGCUGAUCCUGUCAGAAAAGCCUGCGGUGCUGCUCAUUCUGGAUGGAAAGGCACAUUGUUAGGAGUUUCUAUGGCCACAGUAAAUGCUAUGGUAUCUGCAUAUGGCUGUAUCUUGAAAGAUAUCCUUGUGGUGCUGGGCCCGUCUGUAGGACCUUGCUGCUAUAAACUUCCUCAUGAGUCAGCGACAGAAUUCCACAGAAUUGAUCCAAAGUGUGUGAGACAGUUUGACUCUGCAAAUCCUUAUAUUGAUAUUAGAAGAGCAACACGGGUUCUUCUUGAGAGGGGUGGGAUUCCUCCUGAGAACAUCCAAGAUGAUUCUGUCACAGACCAGAACCAAAAUAUCACUUUCUGUACUGCAUGCCACCCUGAUAAAUUUUACUCUCACUUUCGUGAUGGGACUAACUUUGGGACACAGAUUGGCUUCAUAUCAAUCAAAGACUGAGAUGUAAAACAGGGCAGCUCCAACACAGACUUCUGGUUCCAGUGCUUGGGGAAGCAGUAUGCAACUUCAGAGGCAUAGAUUAAAGCCUGAGAUAAUUAGUGAAAUGUUCAUCCAAACUGUGGCACUUACUGCUACAGGUAUUGCACAGGUGAAAAAUAUUAAGGGGGUGAGAUGAAAAAUGUUUUUAAUGUAUUUGUAAAGGUUUGGUCCAUUGGUGACUGCUAGUCUUUACUGACAACCUGAGGAAACAGGCUGGGGGCUGGACAGUUGUUAUUAGCCUGAGUUCUGUGGUUGAUGUCUGCAUUUCUGAGCAGCUGCAAACUCAGAAGCUGUGGGCACAGACCUUCAGUAAAACACCUGGACACAUCUCAACACACAGAAAGUGUAUCAUUCCUCCCAAAUUACAAGCAUUCAAUUACAAGAAGGUGUUUCCUUUCCCCAGCAGUAACCAAGUUUGCAGAGUGUUUGUCUUUGCUUUCAGUCUUAUUUUCCUCAUGUUUAUCUCCUGUGCAUUGCUUUUUCUGUCCAGCACCACUCACAAUUGCCCUAACAAAACUUGUGUUGUUGGAGGAAUCAGUUGCCAUUCUGCACAGACCAGCACCACUGUUGCUUGCUUUUGUAUGCAUGUGCCUUUUUUUUUUUCAGCCAUGUAAAACUUUUUGUCCUCAGCACAGGAUCUUUAUCAGUAUCCUUCAACCCAUUCCCAUUUUACAGAUUUCUGCAAGAGCUCUAAGUUUCCAGGCUACACAGCAAAGAAGUCAAUAUUCCUGGAUUCCCUCACUGCUGUCCUCAUUUCCACUCCGUGCUUAAUUUGCUGCUGGGUGAUGCAAAGAGGGAGACAAACUACACAUACUUGUCCUGAGGCUCAGAGUGGGUUCGGUGUGCUACUCACCUUGAUGUCAUGUGUGUGAAGCUUUUCAUCAAAGUACCAAAGCCCUCCCUGAACUCCAGCCUCUUGUGCAACAAUAUAAUAGGACAGUGCACUGAUGGGACCAGUAAAUCCUAUAUGUAACAGAGGAAAUAAUGUAUUGACCUGCUGAGGGAUUUACAUACCUCUAAAGACUGAUAGCAAGCCCUGCCUGUAAGGCUAACUUGUUCUACUUUCCAUUUCCAGUAGUCACUAUCCCAUCUUUCCAAAUGAAUGAUUCAGAUAGAAAUGUAUAUAGAUUUAAGAACUGUCCUAAUUGGGUAUAUUCUUGUAUCCAGGAUGUUGAUAAUAUUUAUUCAGUGCCACACCUUUUUAUAAGACUAAGAGAGUUUGCUUCUCUGCUUGCUUUUAAUACACAGUGCCUGUGGCUGUGCUGCUAAAAAGCAUGAUUAUGGAUUUCCCAAAGGCAUGCAGAGAAACAGGAAGCUAGCUUUUUUAAGUGAUCCCUCUGAUCUUUCAUUAGUAAUCAUUUAAUUUACAGUAGCAUCUCACAUUACAAAUGCUUGGCUGGCUCUCUUUGUCUAUGAGCUCUCAGGGGUCAAAGAGGCCCACAGAAGAAUUUCUGGAGCAUGGUCCCUGGAGGACAGCAGGGCUGAGGUCUCUCUCUUCCCCUUCUGCAAACAUGGCAUUAUAUCUCCAGGGCAACCUGAAUUCUGGCAGUCAUGGGAGCAAGGACACAGCAUGGAUUUCCAUUUGAUUCCUGCAACAGAAAAGAGAUCUGAGACCAAAAUCAAUAUAUGACUAAAAUAUGAGAGUUCAUUUUCACAGUUGAUUUUGUCUAAGGGUUCGUUUCCUCUCUUCUUGUGCAAAUAUAAUUCACAACUUGCUAACUACUCCAUUUGUUUUUCUGGUGUUUCCUCUUCUACACUUAGUGAAGGCCUAAACAUCUGAAAUAAAUUAUUGCAGCUUAAAAAUUUGAGGUCUACAUACCCUAAAAUCAAACAAGCAUUUUAUAAGGAGGCUGAAAGCAAUGUUUGCAUUUCAAGAUCUAUAACUUAACUAUUACUCAUGUGAUGCAAAUAUUUUAGGCAGCAAUUCAUAAUUCUGGUCAGAUGUUUCAGUUCAAAGGGAUUUUAUCAAUGGCAACUAUAGAAAACCCUGCCUAUCUGAAAUAAAUAUCUGAGCAUUUCUCUUUGAGGCACUGAGCUCUACCCUAAGGGAAUAUUCAAACAUACAUUGCUUCUAAAGGAAAAUGUAUUGGUUCUGCUUUGGUUUUCUUUGUUUGAAAGCUGUAAGCUUGAUUUUCCUGCACAAGAAUGAAUCACGGAAAACUCAGUUGUGACAAUAAAGUUGUGACAGGUGGCUCAAACCCUUUUGGCUGGUUUUAAUAGGUGCUUUUAGUAAGUGCUUCAUAAAAUUAGCAUUAAAUAAAAUGGGGUUAUGCAGGCAAUUUUGUUC